CAGAGAAAGACCUUCGCAGCAGUACAGCACCAUCCUCAGCACCAUUGCUGUUCUCAUCUAGCUGAACCGCGAGGAAAAGCUUGAGAUAAUCAAGAAGCCUUGUUUUGAGGCCCGGCAACAUCUAGCAGAAUGACUAAAGAGCAGACUGCCAAGGUGGAGGAGGAGGCCCAGCCGGCCUCUGAGUACCAGAGCCCAGUUCACGAGCCCCGGAAGAGGCCCAUGGUCCACCCAUCUGCCCAGGCCCCCCUCCCCAAAGACUAUGUCUUCACAUUCUUUGACCCAAAUGAUCCUGCGUGUCUGGAGAUCCUGCUGGAUCCGCGCACCACCAUCCCAGAGCUGUUCGCCAUCAUCCGUCAGUGGGUCCCACAGGUCCAGCACAAGAUCGACCUCAUCGGAAACGAGAUCUUGAAGCGUGGUUGCCAUGUCAAUGACCGUGACGGACUGACAGACAUGACCUUGCUCCACUACAGUUGCAAAGCCGGGGCCCAUGGAGUCGGUGACCCUGCCGCUGCCCUCAGGCUGUCCAAUCUGCUAAUUUCCAUGGGGGCAGACGUGAGUCUCCGCAGCCGCUGGACCAACAUGAACGCCCUGCACUACGCAGCCUACUUCGAUGUGCCAGAGCUGAUUCGCAUUCUCCUCAAGGCCUCCAAACCCAGAGUGCUGAAUUCCACCUGCAGUGACUUCCACCAUGGCACAGCCCUGCACAUCGCUGCCUCCAACCUGUGUCUGGGAUCAGUCCAGUGUCUGCUAGAGCAUGGAGCCAACCCCACUGUCAGGAAUGAUAAAGGCCAGGGGCCGGCCGAUGUGGUCCCUGACCCCAUGGACAUGACUCUGGACAAAGCGGAGGCGGCCAUGGUGGCCAAGGAGCUGAAGCAGCUGCUGUUGGACUCUGUGCCCCUCAGCUGCAACCUGCCCCGCGCCACCCUGCUCAACUACGACAACAUCCCUGGCAACCUCAUGCUCACCUCCAUCGGCCUCAAACUGGGUGACCGUGUGGUGCUGGACGACAUGAAGCUCCCCAAAAAAUCGAGCAGUGAUGAAAUUGACAUCUCAGCUCUGCAUCACCUGAAGCAGACGGGCACCCUGCGCUUCUGUGGGACGACGGAGUUUGCCAGUGGCCAGUGGGUGGGGGUGGAGCUGGACGAGCCAGAGGGCAAGAAUGACGGGAGUGUGGGAGGGGUGCGUUACUUCAUCUGCCCCCCCAAACUGGGUAUCUUUGCUCCAGUGUCGAAAAUCGCCAAAGCUGUUGAGAAGGCCCCCUCCUCUGUCACCUCCACACCCAAGACCCCCCGCAUGGACUUCUCCCGCGUCACAGGAAAGAACAAGAAAGAAAAGAAGGAACUAAUGGAGAGAGAGAAAGCUCUGAGGAAGAAGUCUAUGUCCGUGGCCAGUCUGGACCCAGAUGGGGUGAAGGUGGAACUUGGAGACCAGGUGCUGGUUGCUGGUGUGAAGCAAGGAAUCAUACGCUAUUACGGAAAGACAGACUUUGCCCCAGGUUACUGGUUUGGUGUGGAGCUGGAGCAUCCCACAGGAAAACAUGACGGGUCUGUUUUUGGUGUCCGCUACUUCAACUGCCUGCCCAAGUAUGGCGUCUUUGCACCCCCAUCUCGCGUACAGAGAAUCUGCGGACCAAAGGACGGUCAGAGCGGCGAUGGCACGAUGGUGAAAAAAGUCCACCAGGUGUCAAUGAACCAGCCAAAGCGUAAAUUCAACGCAGUGAGGUCACCCAAGGACAUCACGUCUGAGAGUUCAAUAUCCAGGUUGCUGUUCUGCUGCUGGUUCCCCUGGAUGCUGCGUGCUGAGAUGCAGUCCUAACCACCCUCUCCUUCUUCCUCCUCUUCCUCCUCCUCAAAAGAUCUACUGCUCUCCUCCUCUUAAUGUCCAUCUUUCAUUUGUGCUUUUCUCUGGCUGUUGCUGUCAGAAUUACAGUAGUUAACAGCCCCCCCCCCCCCUCCCCAUCCCCACCCCCUCCACUCUCCAUCCUCCAUGAUCGCAGUCAGUCCUAUAGCAAAACCUAGUGCCUUGUAUGUUAACUAACAUCCUGCAUUCCAUUUGUAACACUAAUAAUGAGACUAAAUAAUUGUAACUCGAAAUCUGGGACACAAACCCUACAAAAGCAAUUAUCUAAUAGAUAUAAUCACUUAGUUUUUGUAAGUUACUCUAUUUUGGUGUUGAUUGCUUGUUGUUACACACCCCCUGUCAGCAGUUGCCAAAACCCUUUGACCAGUCAGCCAACUUCUUAUGCCAUGGAGCUUCUACUAGGGAACCUUUCAAAUGACUAAGUACAUGAUGCUGUACUUUAUUGUUUUGCUGCUGCUUCAUCCUAAUGUCCAGUAUUUCAGAGGAGACCAAGGGCCUCAUUUAUCCUCAAAGUAAUACAUGGUCUGUCAGUGUGAACAGACUGUAGAUGGCCAUGUUGCGCUAAAGGGUUUGAUCCAAAAUGUGGAUGUGUGAGUCAAAUGGUGUUACAAAUUCAUUUUCACAUAAACUUUUUUUUGUGAAAAGAUGUGACAUGAACAUAUGGUCAUGUUCUUCUAAUCUCGUAUGUUCAAAAGAAAACAGGGUUUAAUAUUAUUCAGGAUUCCUACAUCCACUAUUUCUCCACUUGCACUCUGAGCAUUUUCCCAAAUAUGCAAUUGGAAUGAUGUAUAUAAUAUUGAUUUGCUUGUUAAUGGGCUUGUGUAAAUUGUAAUAUGCUCACACAUGAUACAAAAACUGAGGUUCCUGGUUUCUGGUAGCCUGCUAAAUUCUUUGACAGAUCCCUGUAAAAUACUAGUUACCUGUUUUAGGUAAGGUAAUGCUAGCACGUACAUAUAUGUUAAUCAUAAUGUCCCAACUUAAUUACUGAAGGACAUCUUUAUCUGCACAGAUAUCUUCUGUACCCUUGAUUGGUUUAAAUCGUGGUAAUAUAGACACUGCAUAACUGGGUAAAUAAGACUUUCAUAACUUGGUCUUAGAUGUUUAUUGCACUUUGAACCAGUUGGUCUCAGAUCCAAGUUAUGUUAACCAAAAUAGCUGCUAACCCCAAAAUGUAAUGGCAGGUAAUGUAAGGGGAAACCACCUAGGUUAAUAUUGUUAAUAUUGUUAAAGCUGUUGUCUUUAUUGUGUAGCAUAAAGUAGCAAUAACUUAACUUUUACUUAACUUUAACUUUAACUUAAACGUCAUGUUACCAAAAAGUUUAUUUGCCCACAUUUAAGUUUUGUUUAUAGAAAUAGGAAAUCUACAUGGGUACCACAAUAUACUUGUUAAAGGUACGUUUCUUGAUAAACCAGUGCCCUCCUCCCCAUCUCUAGGUUCGUUGUUGCACUAAUAGUGUUAAUCUCAGUCUAAAUCUGCACAGACAGAACACCUGCUAGCUCAGUGCUACCACAGUUCACACCCCCCGUUGGCUAUCCUCUCAUGCUUCUCUCUCCUUCUCUCUCAACGUUAGACUUUGGUAAGUUUGUGAAUGUGAGCAUUAGAAAAAAAAAUCUGACUGUCUAAACUUGUGUGCGCUUAAUGUCAAAAUCUAUGAGUAUGUGCAUAAAAACAGAAAUAUUUAACCUGUGUACUUAGCUAUGUGGAUAUGGAUAGUGUCUUUGUCUACUCAACACUAUGUAAGCACACCAUGAGGGGGAGAAAAAAACACCUGAACUUGCUCCUGCACUCUCUGAACACCGUUGUGAACAUCCUGUGUUAACAGCACCGUGGAACAGCAAAAAAUACUCAUUAUCAGGAAGGGUCUAAAUACUCUUGCACCAUGUCGUUUUCCGAAAUCGCCACUUAUACAAUGUGGUACUGAACAAUGUGGAACUGAACGCAACAAUGUGUGGUUGUUUUGCUAUUGCUAGUGUAAGGUUAUGACUAGUCUGUAAGAGAGCCACUGAACAACAAGGAUACUAUGAGGGAGUCAGCUUCAGCUUCAUUUUUAACUGAAUAAGGGUUGUUAGUAUAUCCAGUUUGAGAGAAACUCAUCCAUUACACCUCAAAUUCAUGUAGUGGGAUACUUGAGAACCUGUGGCAAUUGGAACUUUUCUCCUUUUUUAUUCAGUUUAAUUAAGACUAUCUCAACACGAAGUGUUGCAAACUUUUUCAGGACAGCUCACUUUGUUAAAAUCCUCUGUUAGCCAAGUAUGCUAAAAUUAUACUGUCAAGAAGGACUGUGAGAAAAUCAUCCUCACCCCAUACUGAAGUGCUUGAGAAUGAGUAAGAAUUCAUCACCAUGUCUUUGUUUUUACUACUAUGCUGGGAGAAAUGUCAUUAGAUAUAAGUAUACGAUGCAACAUUGGUCAUACUUACUACAUGGUUGAGUUGAAUAGUUGGUUGACUGGCAGAUUUAAUACUCAAGUAAAGUUGUUUGAGGCAAAGAUUGAUCCGAAUUGUGUAGUUAUUGCCUGAACGUUACACUCUGGUAGCAUAAUAUGUACCGUAAUAUGCCAGUAGAUGUCACUAAUUUGUCACUUUGUUAUCAUCUACAACUAACAACAUGACAAGAAUCUGCAUUGAUGAGUCCUCUCUUCAAAUGUUUUGUUUAUUCAAGGACAUUAUGAAAACUGAUAUAAUCCUAUUAAGUGGUGUACUGUCAUUAUUUAAAAAAACAUGUUAUUCUAAAACUUGAUCUCAAAAAUUGUUAAUUUUCUUCACAGACAUGUCAUUGCAGUUUGUUAAAAAUAUAUUUUGAUAAUUUCACUAAGUGUACUUUUUUCCCCCAGUUUUAUAGUGUGUUUGUGUCUGUGUCCCAAAACAGGUAAAGGGUGCUGUAAUGUUGGAUUUAUUAGUGUCAUGCAUAAUAUUCAUUGCAUGCUCUUUAUUUUCUGAAAGUUUCUUUUUCUGACGGUGUAUCUCAACAUGAAAAUGCUUAUAAUUACAACUCUGACUAUGAAUCUAAUAAAAGUUGAUGUUGUUUUCUA